GAAGAGGGGCGGACGAGAUUAAAAUCCAGAGGAGGAGAACAAUGGAAGAGAAGAAGACGAUGGAAGGAACACCAAUGAAAGCCACGGCGGCGGAAGAAAUAACGGCGAGAUUGUCUUCUCUCGACAACCUCUAUUUUCCACGCGCCGUCCAAUUAACCGCCGCAUCUUCCGACCAACGCAAAUCCAUCCUCCUCGACCUCCUCCGUCGUGAUCCCGCCGUUUUUCUCGAGAGAUAUGGAUCGGAGCUACUAGUAGAUGAAUUGCUUGAGUUUGAUGCUAUGAAACAUGACUACGAGGUUGAUUGGCACUUGAAAAACCUGCGGAAGAAGAUAAGUCCGACUUCGGAAGAGCUUAAAUCUAGGUGUGUUGCUGUGAGGAAUAGAAGAUUGGCUUACUUGAAUAAGCUUGUAUCCGAGGGGCAGUAUUUCUCUGAGGAUGCUAUGAGAGAUAGAGAGCCUUAUCUACAUCAUGAGUAUGUUGGGAAGUUUCAGGAUGUGAUGGGUAGGAAUAUGGCUAGGCCUGGAGAACGUUGGUCUGAGACGUUGAUGAGAAGGGCAGAGGAAGCGGUUUUGGUUACUCGGAUUAGAGAGGAGCAGCAGAGGUUAGGUGUUGCAGAGAGUGAUUGGAUUGGUAAUGAGAAGAUGGAGGAAUCAGAAGAAGAAGAAGAAGAGGAAGAGGAGGAAGAAGAGGAAUCGGAAGAAGAUGAAGAAGCGAAGAAUCCUACAGAAGCUAGCUCAAGCCUUGAACAGGUUACGGAUAUCAAUGGAACAUUGCAUGAUAGAGAACAUAACAACAAGGCAACAACCGUCUUACCGCCGGAGGAGAUGCAAGAUAUGAUGGAGCAGUUCACAUCAAUCAUGCAACAGAAGUUCUUAUCGGGAGAAGAUCAUCAACAUUUGGAUUACACAAAGAUAGACAAUGACGAGACUCUUGAUGAUCAUUGGCUUCGAGAGAUUGGCCUUGACGCUGAAGAUAAGUACUUUGGUGAAGACUAAUGGACACAGUCAAAUAACCAUACCUGGUCUAUGUAAGAUAUGAUCUCUCCUCUCUUAUUUCUUUACCUGCAAUAAUGCUUGGCCUUGACGCUGAAGAUAAGUACUUUGGUGAAGACUAAUGGACACAGUCAAAUAACCAUACCUGGGCUUAAACGAACAAUUUGGUUUGA